AUGAGCGGCGAGUACCCCCAUCCCAUCUCCGCGAAUGCAGCUGCUGCCACAAGUACAGGCAUGCGGGCAGCGGCGGAUGAGGCGGUGACGCGGGCGUGGGUGGGCGGGCUGCGAGUGCUGGUGGUGGACGACACGCCCGUCAACCUCCUCGUGGCCCGCCGCUCCCUCGCCCGCUGGGGGUCGCAUUCUCUAGAGUUGAUCGCUGCUGGGGUGGAGGAGGGGGGGCGAGGAGAGGAGGACAGGAGAGGGGCGGAGAUGGGUGCAAUGGUUGGAGAGAGGGAGAUGCUGGAAAGGAAAGGGAGGGUUGGUGAAUUUCUAAGAGGAGAAGCUGGGGGGGCUGGUGAUAUGGUUGAGAGCAGAGGCAAGGGGAUGGUAGCUGGGAUUGCCGGGAACAGUGCUGAGGGGAUGAUGGAUAGUUGGGAUGGGUAUGUGGCGAAGGGAGCAAGUGAAAGAAGCGGGGACGGUAGAGGCGGGGAUGGAAGAGGGGAGGAUGAUAGAGGGGGGCGUGCAUCAUUGCAGCAUGGCUUCGACUUGGUUCUCAUGGACCUGCAGAUGCCGGGCAUGGACGGGUUUGCAGCAACAGAGGCGAUUCGAGCAUACGAGAGAAAGCUAAUGUUGGAGAUUGCGCAGGAGGUGGAGCAGGGGAGGCAGCAGGGAGGGGAGCAGGGAGGGGAGCAGGGAGGGGAGCAGGGAGGGGAGCAGGGAGGGGAGCAGGGAGGGGAGCAGGGAGGGGAGCAGGGAGGGGAGCAGGGAGGGCAGCAGGGAGGGCAGCAGGGAGGGGAGCAGGGAGGGCAGCAGGGAGGGCAGCAGGGAGGGGAGCAGGGAGGGGAGCAGGGAGGGCAGCAGGGAGGGGAGCAGGGAGGGGAGCAGGGAGGGGAGCAGGGAGGGGAGCAGGGAGGGGAGCAGGGAGGGGAGCAGGGAGGGGAGCAGGGAGGGGAGCAGGGAGGGGAGCAGGGAGGGGAGCAGGGAGGGGAGCAGGGAGGGGAGCAGGGAGGGGAGCAGGGAGGGGAGCAGGGAGGGGAGCAGGGAGGGGAGCAGGGAGGGGAGCAGGGAGGGGAGCAGGGAGGGGAGCAGGGAGGGGAGCAGGGAGGGGAGCAGGGAGGGGAGCAGGGAGGGGAGCAGGGAGGGGAGCAGGGAGGGGAGCAGGGAGGGGAGCAGGGAGGGGAGCAGGGAGGGGAGCAGGGAGGGCAGCAGGGAGGGGAGCAGGGAGGGGAGCAGGGAGGGGAGCAGGGAGGGGAGCAGGGAGGGAGCAGGGAGGGGAGCAGGGAGGGGAGCAGGGAGGGGAGCAGGGAGGGGAGCAGGGAGGGGAGCAGGGCAGUGAGCAGCAAGGAUCAGUGCAUUGCGAGAGAGAUAUUGGAGGGCAACAGGGAACUGGGAGGAAAAGGGCAGAUCGAGGAAGCUUCUAGGGCUGGUUCGUCUGCUCUGCCAGCCCUUUCCUCCAACGUUGCUUCUGCUACUUCUUUGAAUGCCCAGCCCGUAUCUCUGCCGGUGCCAAUAGUGGCAACUGCAACUGCUCCUGGUGCCCAGACCGUGUCUCUGAGGGUGCCCAUAGUGGCUCUGACGGCAGACGUGGAUCGUGGAGUGGUGCAGAGGUGUGCAGAGGGGGGGUUUGACGGUGUGCUGCAGAAGCCAGUGGAUGCCCACCUGCUCGCCGCCCACCUCUCCCAGAUAAGCUUCCAGAGGUCACUACGGUGGUAG